GUGAAAACAACUAUAAAUAAUGAGUAUUUUUUGGCGUCAAAAAUCAACAAUUCCUUUAAAACAAAGCAUGGUCAAAUCUAGUGGAUUAGAUAACUAUUUAAACGUGAAUAAAUUUUUUUUAUCUAUUAUUGGACAAUGGCCCUAUCAAUUACCAGCAGAAAGAAUCUUAAUUCGUGUACUUAGCCACGGUUUAUGUACAUUUAUUCUAAUUCCAGGCUUAAUAGCUUUGUAUGAUGUACGAAAUGAAUCUACUAUUUUUGUAGAAUGCAUUCCUCCAUUAUUUGCAGUAUUUCUCAGCUACUGUUAUGCUACUUUUUGUAGCUUAAACUUGUCGAAGAUAAAAUUUUUAACUGACAGCAUGAAGCGGGACUGGGAUUCAAUUAAAUCUUGUAAAUCGGAGCUAGAAAUUAUAGAGAAAACUACCCAACAAGGAAAAAAUUUAACAAUAAUUUUUAUAUUUUACUCUUAUGUGAGUACACUUGUCUACGUGAUGACUCCGCUUCUACCACAGAUACUUGACAUAAUUUUACCUCUCAAUGAAUCAAGAGAAAGAACUUAUGUUUUUCAUGUCAACUACGUUUUUAUUGAAAAUGAUAAUUACUAUAAUUUCAUAUACCUACAUUCAGUACUUGCAGCAUUUAUAACAUUAACAAAUAUAGUUGCUGUAGAUUUUAUCUUUCUUGCCAGUGUUCAACAUGCUUGUGGAAUAUUUCAACUAUUAGGUUAUAGACUAUCAAAUAUUUCGGACAAAAAUUGUGUUUCCAAGCGUGGUAGCAUUGAAGAAAGGAACAUUAACAAAAGGAUGGUCAGUUGUAUAGAACUAUACAAUAAUAUACUUAAAUUUACGGAUAAUAUUGAGCUCAGCUUUUCUAGUAUGUUUUUUUGCAUCAUUGGUAUUAACAUGCUAAUGAUUAGUUUUCAAGGAGUACAGAUUGUAUUAAACUUAGAUAAUCCACAAAUCCUUAUGAGAUUUGGCGCAUUUUUUAUGGGGCAAAUUAUACAUUUAUACUUCAACUCCAUUCCUGGGCAAUUGUUAAUUGAUGAAAGUUCUAAAGUCAGUCAAUAUUGUUAUGACACUAAUUGGACUAAUAUGACGAUUAAAUCUCGAAAACUUUUAUUAUUUAUGCUAUUAAGGGCGACUCGAGAAUGUAAAGUAUCUGCUGGAAAGGUUUAUGUAAUUUCAACAAAGAACUUUAGUGCAGUUAUUAAAACAUCAUUUUCAUACUUAAGUGUACUAUCUUCAGCACAGUAAAAGGAAGAUAAUUAUACUUAGAUAAGAACAGAAAUUCUGAAUUACUUUUAGAACCAAAUCCUCAAAAUAAAAAAAC